AUGGUGUUGGCCGCGGUGUUGUCGAUGCUGCGCUACGUCGCGGGCAGCGAUGAUCGUGAUUUCGUCGAUCGCCUCCAUUCAUACUUCACAUGCAACAUUCUCAUUGGGUUGGCCGUUUUGGUGUCAUUUAAGCAAUUUGGCGGCAAACCUGUCGAAUGCCUCGUUCCCGAUAUAUUCAGCAGUAGUUGGGAGCAAUACGCCGAGAAUUAUUGUUGGGCGAGCGACACAUAUUUUGUGCCGAUCGGCGACGCCGUCGCCGGAAUGCACACCACCGAAAAGCGGCAGGCGAAAAUCAGCUACUAUCAAUGGGUGCCGUUUUUUUUGCUGCUCGAAGCCGCCAGUUUUCGUCUGCCGAGCCUUUUAUGGAAAUAUCUCGCCGGACAUUCGGGCAUCAAAAUCAAUGAGAUUGUGAAGCUCUCAUCGGAUCCGAACAACAUCAAGCCCGACAUCAAGCGCGCCAACAUCAAAUCGCUCACUGUCCAUUUACAAGGUGCCCUUCGAUUUCAUCGUCGACUUCAGAAGAAGCAAAUCCGACCUCACAAAUUUUUGUGGAUGUUCAAUCUGCCGUACUCGGCGUUUUUUGUGACCGCAAUGUACCUGUGCACCAAAUUUUUCUAUCUCGCCAAUGUCUGCCUGCAACUCUCUUUGAUGAACCGAUUCCUUGAAACCGACAAAUACCGAUGGUACGGUUUAGGAGCUCUUGUUGAUUUGCUCAAUGGAACGACUUGGGAGCAAUCUGGCAUGUUUCCACGAGUCUCGCUAUGCGAUUUUGACAUCCGCGUGAUGGGAAACCUCCAAGAGCACACAAUUCAAUGCGUGCUGGUCAUCAAUAUAUUCAACGAGAAAAUUUUCAUAUUGCUCUGGUUUUGGUAUUUGAUUUUAUUAUUUUUCACAUCCGGCUCAUUCCUCUACUGGCUGAUCGUCUCGGCGUGGUCGAGACUCAAUCGGCGAUUCAUCAUGAGACAUUUGGAAAUGAGCGAUAUUGCUCUGGACACAACUGAUGAGGAUGUUGAGAAACAAGUGAAAAAAUUUAUUGACAACUAUCUCAAAUUGGAUGGCGUAUUUGUGAUAAGAAUGAUGACGAUGCAAUCAGGGGUGAUCUUUGGAACCGAUCUUGUGCAAGAGUUGUGGAAGAAUUUCUACGGAUUCGAGCAACAAUUGAAGAGGAGCAAUUCGAUGCCGAAAAUUGAGGGCGCCGAGCACUCUCGCAAACCGCACCAUCACGAUGAGACGUGGUGGCCGGCGCCGCCAACGCUUGUCUCGCAGCCAAAUUAUCGCGAUGAGAAUCAAGCGAACGCGCUACGCUGGCGUCGAGCUCUCGGCGCCAACACCGCCAAUAAUCUCACUGAGCAAGAUUUGAUGGAAAAACUUCUGAAUGAUGUGAGCGAUGGAAAAGAUUCGAGUUUGCUCUACAAUCUUCGUCGACCCGUCUCCGUGACCGCAUACAUCGAUGAUGAGAGAAGCUCCUCACCAAAAACGGCAGUGUCAAGACCAAAAUCGGAAUAUGACACUAAAAAACCGCCCCCUCCACCACCACCACCAAUGAGCACAUUUCGAUAA